AUGUCUACCACUCAUCAGUACGACCCGGAAAUCAGGGACAUCGCGAGCUAUGUCGCCAACCACGAAAUUAGUUCGAACUUGGCUUUUGAUACCGCGCGCCUUGUCCUCCUCGACACCCUGGGCUGCGGCCUCGAAGCAUUAAAGUUCAAAGAGUGCACGAAGCUACUCGGUCCCACUGUCCCCGGCACCAUCGUACCGUUCGGAUGCAGGAUUCCCGGAACGCAGCUAGAACUGGACCCGGUCAACGCGGCAUUCAACAUCGGCGCCAUGAUCCGCUGGCUGGAUUUUAACGACUGCUGGCUAGCAGCCGAAUGGGGCCACCCGUCUGAUAACCUCGGCGCUAUCCUUGCAGUUGCCGACUGGGUGACCCGGACCAACCGUGCGGGCGGAAACAUUGCCGGGGGGGCUAUAUAUACUGUAAGAGAUAUCCUGGAGAGCAUGAUCAAAACCCAUGAGAUCCAAGGCUGCUUGGCCUUGCUCAAUUCCUACAAUGGUGUGGGAUUGGAUCAUGUUGUCCUCGUGAAAGUCGCGAGUGCCGCGGUGGUAUCGAAAUUACUUGGGCUGGGCGAGCAACAGAUUGCAGAUGCGGUGAGCCAGGCCUGGGUGGAUGGUCAAAGUCUGCGAACCUAUCGCCAUGCUCCGAACACCAUGUCACGCAAGUCGUGGGCUGCCGGAGACGCAUGCCAGCGGGCCGUGAGCCUGGCUCUGAAGACUCUCAAAGGCGAGCCGGGAAUCCCUACUGUGCUCUCUACCCCUACAUGGGGCUUCUAUGAAGUUAUGUUCAAGGGGUCUAAGUUCGAAUUUCAACGCCCGUAUGGGAGCUAUGUCAUGGAAAACGUGCUGUUCAAGGUUUCAUACCCGGCGGAGUUCCACUCGCAGACAGCAGUCGAAGCCUGCGAAACGAUCCACGAAAAACUAGCGACAAUGAACAAAUCCGCCGCGGACAUCAAAGCCAUCACCUGCCGCACACACGAAGCCUGCAUCCGCAUCAUCGACAAACAAUUCAAACCCAUGAACAAUUUUGCCGACCGUGAUCACUGCAUUCAGUACAUGUGCGCGGUGAUGCUCGUCUUCGGUCGCCUUGAGGCAACAGAUUACCUCGACGGAAGCGUCGCGGCGUCUUCGGAACUCGUAAACUCGCUACGGCAAAAGAUUACUUGUGUCGAGGACCCGCAGUACACCAGGGACUACCAUGACCCGGCCCAACGCACGAUAUCAAACGCUCUGACGGUGGAACUGAAUGAUGGUACCGUGCUUGAGGAGGUUGCGGUGGAAACUCCGCUGGGCCAUCGCCUUCGUCGGGAGGAGGCAAAGCCGGCUAUCCUUGCUAAGUUCAAGCGACACCUUGCUGACCACUUUUCGGAGGAGCGGGUUAGUGAGCUGCUGCAGUUGGGGCUGGAGCGAGAGGAAAUGGAAUCCAUGGCGGUGGACCACUAUCUGGAUUUGUAUACUGUUGACAGCAAGUUCUUGUAGUCGCC